CCGAAGAAGAAGUCGAUGGAUGGACAUCUGAGGAAGAUGAACAACUUGACGAAGAAUACUGUCGCCAAUUUACCGAGUCUCUGGGUUUCGAUAUUGAUGGUAAUGUUCGUAUGAUAUAGGAAACUAGGCAUUGAUAUAUGGUUAGAUACGUGGCAAUACAUGAGUGGAGACAGUAGCUGUGAGACGUGGCAAGAGAAGAUUGGUCGAUGGGAGUGUUAGAGGAAGAAUCGAGACGCAGAGAUAUAUAGCUAAUGAGGAUCAUUUGCAGAAGAAUAAGAAGAUUUGGAUUUGUUGUUUAUCGUUUCCUUUUGGAUUCUCUCUGAGAAUCGUUCCUCAUCAUUCGCCGGAGUUUCAUGUUGAACUCUUGUAGAUGAGAAGUUGAUAUCGCGUUUUAUGAACGUUGUAUCAAUCUGUCAUUUUCAUUAAUCGAAGUAUUCUAUUUCGUUCCUCUGUUUUCCGUUAUCACUGGUAUCAGAGCAAGACGACCUCGGAAUCCAGGGCAGAGAUCAAAGCUACUAGAACGAAUCCGUUGUCAAAUCGCACAAUGAAGAUUCGUCGGAGCAUAUCGUGGGAAGAGAUUAACGAGAGAAGGUUGAAGGGGUUAUGUGUGUUUUGCGAAGAGCCAGAAACUCUCGAUCACCACCUAAAACACAAGAAAUUAGGAAUUCUCAUGAUUGAUGGUGAUGAAGAUCAACUUCCUAAUGUUGAAUUUGGUGAAUCAAUUGAACAUCGUAAGGUGAAGUUGGUGUGCGAAGCUCAAGAGGAGAACCUCAAGUUGGAGAAUCACGAGAUGUUGGUACAGAAAGCGAUCUUAGAGAAAGAAUCAAUUCCACCAUUUCAGGUACCACUUGCUAACUCAGAUAUUUUGAGGAGUAUGGAACUUAGGGAAGUAAAUUUAGGGUUGGAAAUGGUGCUGAACGAGAAUCUAGAGCAAGAGUGGGUUCAAAAGAACAUUAGUAAGAGAUUUGAGGUUGAAGGUGAUGUUGAGAAGGAUUACAAAGUGCCAAGUAUCACAGAAAAUGACUAUGCACAUAAGGUGUUCGAUAAAAUGCCUCUCAUAGUACACAGUAAGAAGAGACAUAUUAAGUGUCCCAAGGGUUGGAGGUUCAAAUUCAAACAACGGAGUCAACAUAAGGGCAGGUCACGAAAGGCACAUAAACAGACUUACAGAGGGGUUGUCAAGUACAAAUAUCCUUGUUCAAAUACUAAAGUUGCAUUGAUGAAGAAGAACAAGUUUACCAAAGUUUGGUCCAUGCUGAAAGAUGAUUGUUACAUGGAAGAUGAUCAAGUGAAUCAUGAAACAUUUCCAGUGUGGCUACUUGUUAGAUUCAAGUUUUGGAAAUUCAAGCUCAUGAACAUGAAUUUGCAGAAAAUGAUGAGAGAGUAUAGAUACUCCAGCCUCCUUCAACUAAUGUUUGAUAAGGGUAAACAUGAUGAGAAAUUCAGUGUGGCCAGCGCUGCUAACAUGAGAGGUUUGCUAGGUAUAAUGUCUGAUCAAGAAAGACAUGAUGCGAUUCUAAGAAGUGCUCCUUAUGCAAAUUUGGGGACAAUAUCGUUUAUGGAAAUAGAUUCUUUGAGUGACCAGAGUCAACUGAUUCAAGAACAAGCCAGGAAUCAUUCCACGGAUUCAAUUAUGGAGCUUAGUUUGCUACAACCAAAGGACUCGUUUCUCAAACAUCAGCCACAAACAGUGAGCCAAUGUUUAUUGGUUGGAAGAUUGUAUGAGCAAGCUCAUCAGAAGGGACUGAUUAUCAGAAAAGAUGGUGGGGAUUAUGAGAAAGGAGCUCAACCUUUAAAUUUUCCAAGGGAAGCUGCAGGACUUUCUUUAAGUAACAUUCAAAUGCACAUUCCUUCACCUAUGGAUAAAGACUCCACGGAUGAGAAGCAAGUGGCUUCUGUUGGUGUGAACAAAUGUUUGCAGCCACAAGAAUUGAACUGUCUCUCUAUUAGAUUGAAGAGAAAAACUUUACAAGACCUGCAAAAGUUUACAAUUGGUGUUGUGCUGUUCCUAAUCAAGCAUAAAUGGAGAUUUAAGUUCCUACAUUCAGCUUCAGAGUUGCUGUUAUAUUUCGACAGUUUAGAGCUUUCCACUAGUUAUGCAAAUUUGUGGGAUUGCUUAUGGACGGGGGGGUCCUCUACAGUGCGUUAUGAAUAUUCUAUUUGGAAACAGAGUGACAAAGGGACGCAACUCUUUUCCAGCAGGAGAUUGGUUGUUUACAAGCUUGGAAGUGAGGCCAAGAAUGUUAUAGAGGUGUCUCAACGUGUGUAUCAGCUUGUUAAACUGAAAUUUGCCAAAGACGAACGAAAGCUUGAAGUCAUACAGAGCCAAACCUUUGACCCUGGGAUUGGACUUGAAUCACAAGAGCUACUUGAGAAUACCUAUUCGAACUGAACCUUGUGGUCAAGGUUCUUCCAACAGGGGAGCUCUGAUAUAGGAAACUAGGCAUUGAUAUAUGGUUAGAUACGUGGCAAUACAUGAGUGGAGACAGUAGCUGUGAGACGUGGCAAGAGAAGAUUGGUCGAUGGGAGUGUUAGAGGAAGAAUCGAGACGCAGAGAUAUAUAGCUAAUGAGGAUCAUUUGCAGAAGAAUAAGAAGAUUUGGAUUUGUUGUUUAUCGUUUCCUUUUGGAUUCUCUCUGAGAAUCGUUCCUCAUCAUUCGCCGGAGUUUCAUGUUGAACUCUUGUAGAUGAGAAGUUGAUAUCGCGUUUUAUGAACGUUGUAUCAAUCUGUCAUUUUCAUUAAUCGAAGUAUUCUAUUUCGUUCCU